CCCAAGCAAGGAGCCAUCGGGCGCCUACGGCCGCGCCGGCUUCCACGCCCCGGGCCAGCGCGGGCGCUCAGGCCUCGGUGGCGUGGUGAUGGCCGCCUCGCACCGAGCAGCGAAGCUGGCGGCCAGCAGUCUCCAAACCCCGGUCAAUCCCAGCACCGGAGCGCGGGUCACCCAUUACGAACGCAAAGACCCCGUAGAGUCCCUGUCGGCGGCGGCAGCGGCCUUGGAGGAGACGGAAGAGGAGGAGGAAGAGGCAGCGGGGCUGGCGCGGGCGCCGGCUGAUUUUAACACCAACAUUUCUGGGGUAAAUGAACAAAAACGUAUAAGCUGUGAAGAUUUUGUGGACCUUUCUGAUAUUUACCACUCUAAUGAAGAGUACUUCAGGAAACUAGAAGAGCUGAAGGCAGCCCACAUGGAAACUAUGGCAAAGUUAGAGAAAAUGUACCAGAAUAAAUUAAAUUUAAAGGAAGUUCAGCUAGCAAUCACCAUGGAAGAAGCUGCUAGUGUCUCUUCCAGGUCUGUAUCAGAAAAGAGCUCCCAUCAUCCUGUUUCAUUAAUGACAUCAAUUUCAGAGCCUGAUUUAGGUCAGUCUUCCUCUUUGAUUGUGUCUUCCUCUGAAGAUGAGUUGCCCAACGUAGAAAAAGAGUAUUCUGAGAAAAGCAGAAUGAUGACCUAUGCUAAGGAGCUCAUCAACAACAUGUGGACAAACUUCUCUGUUGAAGAUUAUAUUCAGUUUGAAGAUGCUGACUUGCCAGCACUCGAAAAAAAAAAAAAGAAGCCAAAAGAAUGGGUGCCAAAGAUUACAGUACCUGAGCCUUUUCAAAUGAUGAUUAGAGAGCAGAAGAAAAAAGAAGAGAACAUGAAAUCUAAAUCAGAUAUUGAAAUGGCACGCAAACAGCUCAAGAAACAAGAAGAAGAAUCAGAGUGUAAGAAAAAAUUCCGAGCCAACCCAGUUCCAGCGUUCGUCUUUCUCCCCCUUUAUCAUGAUAUAGUCAAGCAAAAUGAAGAACGGAGGAGGUCUAUGAAGGAGAAAAACAAAGAAGCUCUUUUGGCCUCGCAAAAGCCGUUUAAGUUUAUUGCAAGGGAGGAACAGAAGCAAAUUCGGGAAAAGCAGCUGAAAGACUUUUUUAAGUCUAAGAAGAAAACAAACCAAUUUAAAGCCAGACCGAUACCUCGAUCUACUUAUGGUUCAACUGUCAAUGACACAUUAACAGAAGAAGAGCUCUAUAGAAACAUUAGGACGCAGCAGAGAACCCAAGACUUUUUACAGAAUUCAUCCCCUCUGCCUUGUAGUCCAGCUCGCAGAAGUUAUGCUACAAGGAAGCCCAAGUGUCCUGAACAGGCUGAAAAGUCCAAGUGUAAACACAAGUUUAGGUGCCAGACUGCUGAUACUGAAGACCUUCCUGAGAGAUAUAAGAAAUAUCACUCAGAACAGAAGUGUCCAAAACCCCUGACAGUCUGUGAACCAUCUGACCUUCAUGCAGCCUCACAUGCAUCCACUGAAAGAGAGAAAAUCUUGGCAGAUAUUGAAGCAGAUGAAGAAAAUUUAAAAGAAACACGUUGGCCUUAUCUGUCUCCAAGGCGCAGGUCACCAGUAAGAAGUAGAAAUGCAAAACCUGUGCCUUGUAGCUGCAACCCUCCCAUGCCCACGGUGUCCUCCAGAGGAAGAGAACAAGCCACAAGGAGAUCACUUGAGGAAAAGAAAAUGUUGGAAGAAGAGAGAAAUCGGAUCCUAACUAAGCAGAAGCAAAGAAUGAAAGAAUUGCAGAAACUCUUGACAACCCGGGCUAAGGCUUAUGACUCACAUCAGAGUUUAGCUCAAAUGUCUAAACCCAGAGUAAAAUCUCUCAGAAAGAGUGAAAAAGAAAGGAUGAGAGAAUACCGACGAGAACUAGAAGAAAGAGAAGAAAAAUUAAAAAACAGGCCGCUGCUAUUUGAAAGAGUUGCUCAGAAAAAUGCAAGAAUGGCAGCAGAAAAGCAUUAUUCUAACACCUUAAAAGCACUAGGAAUAUCUGAUGAGUUUGUUUCAAAGAAAGGCCAAAGUGGAAAAAUUUUUGAGUACUUCAGCAAUCAAGAGAUGAAAAGUUUCACUGAAGAUAAAGAAAGCUUUAAUGAAGAGAAAAUAGAAGAAAGAGAGAAUGGGGAAGAAAAUUAUCUUACUGAUACCAACAGCCAAGAUUCUUGCAAGGAAACAGGUAAAGCUGAUGAAGAGAGUGGAGAAGAGAAUUGUGUUGAAGAAUAAAACUGAAUCAGUCGACAGGGUCUCCUCUCUGUUCCGCUGAUGUUGUUGGCAGCAUUGGGUGUCAGAAGCCGCGCCUGUGGUGUUAAGGACAUCCAUGGGAACCCGUCUGAUAACGUGCAGGUCUCUUUUUGCUCCGGAUGCGCAGGCUCAGCGGCCAUGGCUCACGGGCCCAGCCGCUCCGCGGCAUGUGGGAUCUUCCCGCACCGGGGCACGAACCCUUGUCCCCUGCAUCGGCAGGCGGACUCUCAACCACUGCGCCACCAGGGAAGCCCCGUGCAGGUCUCUUGAGCAAAGUCCUCGUGUAGCCUGAAAAGGCCGAAUCCAGCUGAUGGGUCAUUUGCUCAGAGUCAGGCUUUGCCUAUACAGUUUUUAAAAGUACUACAUAUGGUCUGUUUGCAACUUUGAUCUUACUUCUAUUUUUAAAAAGUGUUUGAGAAUCACAGCUGUCACAAACUGAUUAGGUAUAAAAAUAUACAUAAUUUUAUCAUUUUGGGUGGAAAAAAAUGCUUAGCAUUGAGAGCAGAGGGGAGUAUUGGCCUUUGGUUUGAAAAAAAAGUUCUGGAAAGCAUGAAUCAAUAAAUAUUUUUAAAUUAUACUACUUGCUCCUUUUUCUCUGCAGUACAUCUCACAAAAUGAAUCCUCAAACUUAUUUUACUAGGUAUUUUAAAUUUCUUAUCUGAGCCAUUUUUAAAAAGUAAUAAAACAGGAAAAAAUCCAAGUCUAUUGUUUCGUAUGCCCUUAGGGAGCUGCCAUUAAACUAAAUAACGGAGGAUGUCAGAAUAUAGAGGCCAACGAAUAAAACUCAAGAGUUUUCAAAUGUAAAAAUAAAAAAGAAAAGGAAGAAAAGUUGUUAUUUGGGUAAGUUUAACAUCAAAUUGAGUGUGGAUAAAUAUACACCUGAAGGCUUCUAAAAGUUUGAUGGGACUGGACUGCUAAAGAAACUCUAAGCCUGGUCUGCAACCGUUAAGGCAACACCAGACCUGCUGCACCAGUCAGAAGCCAGCUGUGAAAGGUAUGCAGAACCCAGGGAGGGCACAUGCUUCAAAGUCCGUUUUAUUAUUUAUUUAUUUAUGCCACACUGUGCAGCAUGCAGGAUCUUAGUUCCCCGACCAGGGAUUGAACUCAUGCCCCCUGCAUUGGGAGGGUAGAGUCCUAACCAUUGGACCGCCAGGGAAGUCCCAAAGCCCAUUUUAAAAUGGAGAAAAAUUAAUCUCCAAGUGGCAAUUCCAAGGCCAAAGAGAGAGUUACUGUUAAAUUAGCCACACCAUCAUCACUUUUUCUCUUUUAUCCCUACUUUUAUUCCAAUUUAUUUUUGAUACAUAAAUUUUUAGAAAAGCUUUUAUACUAGUUUUUUUAACCCUGUGUAUUAAGACAGGUGGAAAUAAUUAUAGCAUCUGAGUUUUAACCUUAAUUGGAAUUAAAUAUCACCCCUGUUUUAUAUAUGAUGAAAUUGUGUAUAAUAACUUUUUCAAGGCAAGUCUCCAGAAUAAUUCAAAUUUGACCCUUUAAUACGGGACCCAGUUGUGCUCAACUCUUUACACAUUAUUGCAGACACACUUGUCUUUCUGUGCAUGACGUUAAUUUGAUUAUAUGAAUCCAUCAUUUUGCUCUUUGAGCAAAUUUUUGUUUUAAAAACUCAAACCAGUCAUAAAGAUGUGAUUGGGUAAGAGUUCUCUUUUCCUAGAAACAAUAAACCUUUAAAAACGAAGAACUAAUAAAGGUGUAUAUAAUAGCAGUGUCUUCCAACUGGCAAUUUACGCCUUAAAUUAAAACAUGAGGUGAUUUUUCUCAAUUAAGAGCAAAUGUCCACUCAUAAACUCCUUUCCUAAGUUUGUGUUAAACUGUUUGUCACUAUCAUUAGAUUGUAAACUCCUUGUGAGUUGGCACAACUUAAAAUUUCAUCUUUCUAUUCCUUAAUAUUUUGCACAGGAUUGUACAUACAGUAGGUAUUUAAUAAAGACUUAGAUGAGUAAGUAGAUGAAUAUGGUUUUUAAUUUUACUUAUAAUUACUUCAAAAUGAGUACACAUGGAUUAAAAACAUUUCUCUUCCAAUUUAUUGAGAACCUGUGAAACACAAUCCACAAAUUGUAACGUUCAAAACGUAACUUGCUUCCUAAGGAUUUACUCCCCAUUCUGUUUCUUCUCAGUUUCAUGGGCAGUGUGUGGGACUUGCUUUCAGGACCAAUCUCCAGUUUUCUUUAAAAAUGGGAAUAGUACCCAUCUUGGGUGGCUGUAGGAAGAACUGGUGUAAUCGUAUAUGGAAAGGCUCUUUGUAAACUAGGGUAUUCAAGUGAUAGUGUCAGAGGACAGGAUAUUACUCAAGAAACUUUUAACUUUAAACAUUCUUUUAUUUAAGUGAGAUAUGAAAUGGUUUAAGUAUUAUUUUGUUAGAAAUAAUAUUUGAACUACUUAUUUACUACUUAUAUUACUACUAAUUUAUUAUUUUUAAAAUUAUAGUCGAUUUACAAUAUUAUAUUCAUUUCAGGUAUACAAUGUAAUGAUUCAAUAUUUUUAUAGAUUCUACUCCAUUUAAAGUUAUUACAAUAUAAUGGCUAUA